UCUCUCUCUCUCUCUCCUCUCGCUCUCUUUCCUCUGUUUCGUUUCAUUACCAAUCUCCAGACAUUUCUUCAACAUUAACGUGGGUCCUUCAAUCUCUUGAAGGACCCCACCAUUGUUAAUCCCCUCACAAAAAUUUUCCCUUUUUUUUUAUUUUUUUGAAUAUUAGGUUUUUAGAUUUAUACGAAAUGAUGAAUUGUUUCCCCUGUUUCACUUCACAAAAGAGUAGUAUUCCUCCUUCUGGGAAUGAGACUAGCGAAAACAAUGAACAAGAAGUCAGACCACCACCUGUUGCGGCGGUAAAACAUAUAGAGGAAAGAGAAACAGAGCAACCACCGGUUAAAACAUUCAAUUUCCGGGAACUAGCGACGGCCACCAAGAACUUCCGGCAAGAAUGUCUUCUCGGAGAAGGUGGUUCCGGUAGGGUUUACAAAGGAACCCUUCAAUCUACUGGCCAGUUGGUAGCUGUAAAGCAGCUAGACAAGCAUGGACUACAUGGUACCAAAGAGUUUCAAGCUGAAGUCUUAUCAUUGUCCAAACUCGAACACCCGAAUCUCGUCAAGCUUAUAGGAUACUGCGCCGAUGGAGACCAACGCCUUCUAGUCUUUGAAUACGUCUCCGGAGGUUCCCUUCCAGACCAUCUUUUCGAGCAAGAGCCAGGCCAGAAACCGAUCGACUGGCUCACGAGGAUGAAGAUUGCCUUCGGUGCAGCGCAAGGAUUGGACUACUUGCAUGAUAAAGUGAAUCCACCGGUGAUAUACCGUGACUUGAAAGCUGCUAACAUCUUGUUGGACGAUGAGUUUUACCCUAAGCUUUGUGAUUACGGUUUGAAUAACCUAGCACCCGGGGCAGGUGACAGCAUGUUUCACUCUUCAUGUGUUAUGGACACUUAUGGCUACUCCGCGCCUGAGUACACUCGAGGGGAGGAUCUCACUGUCAAGUCGGAUGUUUAUAGCUUUGGAGUUGUGUUGCUUGAACUCAUCACUGGUAGAAGAGCUGUUGACACCACUAAACCUAAUGAUGAACAGAAUCUAGUUGCUUGGGCACAACCGAUAUUUAGAGACCCGAAAAGAUACCCGGACAUGGCGGAUCCUCUACUGAAGAAGAACUUCUCAGAGAGAGGGAUAAACCAAGCAGUGGCGAUAACAUCAAUGUGUCUACAAGAGGAACCAACUGCUCGUCCUUUGAUAAGCGAUGUAAUGGUUGCGCUUAGCUUCCUUUCGAUGUCUACGGAAGACGGUAUUCCAGACGCGGUGCCGAUACUAUCCUUCAGGGACAAGAGCAUGUCCAUUGCUUUGAGCAGACACGGUUCUUGUUCUGUAACUCCCUUUUCUCUUCUUCAGAAAGAGGGAGAUGAGGACUCGUCCAGUGUUUCAUCAGAGUCAGAAGAUGAUGAAAAGAAAGAAGAGUCAAAGGGAAGUAAGAAGAAGCAAAAGGAGGAUUCAGAUGAUGAGUCUGGUUCAGAUGAUGAGAAGGGUCAAGAAGAGGUAGAGAAACCUGGAAGCUCUAAGAGCAGUUCCUCUGACUCUGGAAGCGAGAGAGCAAGUCCCAUUGAUGAAAGUAACGCAACUGCACAGAGUUUGGAGAUAAAGUAUAGUUAUAGCUCUGAGGAAGAAGAAGAAGAAGAAGAUAACGAGAGGUUAAGCAGCUCUAAAUCUGAUAAAGAUUGCACUUCUUUUCGGUAUGACAGCGAGAGGAAUCACGAUGAUUCGCCUAAGAACACAAGCAUUGCUCAUGAUGAUCAUAGUGAUGAUGAUGAUGAUGAGGAUCAUGAAACUCGGCUUGAGGACAUUCAUAGCUCAAAAUCUGAAGCCCACAGUGUUUAUUCAGAUGAUGAUGAUGAUGAUGCAGGCGAGGAAAGUGGUGAGUCGUCUUUGAAUAGGGCUGAACCAGAGGAAGGUGACCACGGUUCUUCUGAUGAAGAGUGAAUCUUUGUCAAUAAGUUUUUCUCAGAAGUUUAUAACAUUUGCAACAUGAAAAAAAAAAAUUUGUUUCAAUUUUUUCGUUUUGAAACAACACAAAAUUGUCACAUAAAUCUAAUAUACAUAU